CUCCAACCUUCAUUUUCAAGUUCAGAAUACCAUUCUUACACCAUGGGAGAUGACACAGGAAAUUGGUGCCUAAUUGAAAGCGAUCCUGGUGUAUUUACCGGACUCAUUAAAGGAAUCGGUGUUAAUGGAGUUCAAGUUGAGGAGAUUUAUUCUAUCGAUAAGGAAACAUUGGAGGAUUUGAGACCUGUACAUGGCCUAAUCUUCUUAUUCAAGUGGGAAGGUCGUAAUCCAGCAUCCACACCCGGAUCACAGGCACCAAUUGAAUAUGAUAAUGACAAGGUCUUUUUUGCACAACAAGUCAUUACCAAUGCCUGUGCUACGCAGGCGAUUUUAUCGGUCCUUCUUAAUUCACCAUCAAUUGAUCUAGGAGAAGAACUCACCAAUUUCAAAUCAUUUGUAUCCGAUUUUCCAGCAGAGUUGAAAGGUGUCGCGAUCACCAAUUCGGAUUUGAUCCGCACAGUUCACAACUCAUUUGCGCGUUCAGAUCCAUUUAUCAAUGAAAUGAAUGAUCCUGGUUCUAAGGAGAAAGAAGACCUCUUUCACUUUAUCGCCUAUACUCCCAUCAAUGGUCAACUAUAUGAACUGGACGGGUUACAGGAAGGGCCUCGGAAUCAUGGUCCGUGCCCUGGCGAUUCAUGGCUUGAAAAAGUAGGACCUAUUAUUCAAGCACGAAUGGCACAAUAUGCAGGAGGGGAGAUCCGAUUCAAUUUGAUGGCAGUGGUGGAUGAUCGGAUCAAGGUCUAUGAGGAAAAGAAGGCAUCGUAUGAGGCACAACUUGCGGCGUUACAACAAAGAGAAGGUCCUGAAGCAGGUGGAUGGUUGAAGGGCGAGAUUGAGAACUUGAAACAAGACAUUGUUAAGGAAGAAGAGAAGCGGAUGAAACAACAGAGAGAGAAUAAGUUACGGAGACAUAAUUUUGUACCGUUAGUAUAUGAACUCUUGAAGGGACUAGCUCAGGAAGGAAAACUUGAAGGGCUAGUGGAAGAAGGCAGAAUAAGAGCUAAAGCAGAAUUGGAAAGUGCAAGGCAAAGGAAGACGGCGGCGGCUGCGUCAGCUGGGCAAGGGGGAUCGACUGGUGACAACUUUGGAGAAGAUGUUGACAUGUAUGAAUAGGCAAAUUGGCGAAGAGGAAAUGAUAGAGCGAGCGAUUCCUUCUGGAAGUCGGAAUAAAUUAAAAUAAAAUAAAAUAAAAUAAAAUAAAAUAAGAAUGCUG